AUGAUUUUCAUUUUGGAAUUGAGGGCCGGGAAAUAUGAAGUCACUGCCGACUACGAUUCAAGCUCAGGCAAGAUCGUCAAUACAGUUCCCAGCUAUAUUGCAGACCAAACAGUCACAAACCAUUCCGAAGCCACUCAGUCACCCUCUGUCAAUCUGACUAAAUCGGUGACCGUAACUGAGUCAUUCUCUCAAACUUCGGGGUUUUCAAUCACCGUCGGGGCUACUUUCAAGGUCGGUGUGCCUUUAGUAGCAGAGGGAGAAGUCAAAACCGAAAUGACCGUCAAACAUGAAUUCACUAUGGGCCAAACAAGCUCGAUCAGCACCACUGUUGGACAGGUUGUUCCUGUCACUACACCCCCACAUUCCUCUAUCAAAGCCACGGCCACUAUGAAAAGCUCUACAAUUGAUGUUCCGUGCACGAUAACAUUCAAACAUAAGGAAACUGGGGCGAGCAUUCAGAGUAAAGUUGUGUACCAUGGUCUUUCUUAUUGGGACUUUACGGUUACUUACAAAAACGUGUAG